AUGGACUUCGUGAACUUCCCAGCGGAAAUUCACACAAAAAUCUUCCAUUACCUCGACAUCAAAACCUUCUACAAGACGGCUUGUGUCAACCGAAAAAUGUGGAUUCGAUGUGACGCUCACACCAAGAAGGAUUGGGCCGUUGUCCUGAAGAUCCCGAGCCACCAAGUCUCAAUGCAAGAGGAAGGUAUGACGAUCGCGAUGAUGAUCCUCGGCCACCGGACAUGGCUCUCCGUCAAGGGGAAGAGAUCGAUCGAUCUGCUUUUCCGAAACGGACUGGUGAACACCGGAUAUGCAUACGGUCAAGGCCUGGAUAACACUGCUGUUAAGCACAUUUCCAUCUACUUUGGGCACGAAGACGAAUGCCAGGUGCUGAACGCCUUGAAGAAGUUCAAGCCGGCCGGGCAAAAAUAUUCGAGCCUUAAGAUCCGCAACUACAGGCCCACCCCGAAAUUGGUGGAGUUUGUGAAUGCUUGGACGGAUAUUUUUGAAUUUGUCCCUGUUUGCAAGCUGCAGGAUGCUGAUGAAUUCCUUGGAGUGAAGGUGGCCACGGUUCGUGUGAAGGCCGGCCCUGGCAUCGAAUACCAGUGUAUGGCACGGCAUUACAUGAAGAGAUUCUUGGAAGAGGUACGCAGCGGGGAUCGAGUGAUGAACUGCUUGACCCUGGUGGAUCUGCCAACACGUUCUUACGCCGUUUAUCCCAAUCAAUCGCCGGCCCCCAGGCUGUGGGAGCGGCUCGAUGAUGCUCAUUACUUGGAGUUCUGGACACACGAUGUGACGGAUACGGUUUUCAGCAUUACCUGGCGAUACGCCGAAUAC